UCCAGAUGUACCACUCACAAAACUACGCACGGUUUCUACAAGCGCUCUCUGGCGGACGCUAAGAAAACUGACGGGAUCCCCGGCACUGAGGGGGCCAGUCGAUCAGCCACUGGUAUCCUCGGAUAUGGAGACUUUCCUGUUGUGAAGCAUUUUCUUUGCGAGGAUUGCGGCCGGUCCUACUUACACUGGACAUAUCUACAAGUACACAGACGUAUGAAACACGCGAACGAAAACUUCUUAUACAAAUGUAACCAGUGUGAAUUGACCUUUCCUAACAGUUGGAGCCUGGCGUACCAUCGUAAGAAGAUACACGGUAAGACUGGACCGGAUGAUGCUGGAGCCACCACCAAGAUCAAUAGAGAUGAUUACAGAAUACCUUGCAGAGAUUGUAGCGAAGUUUUACCGAAUAAAACGGCGUUAUACAAACACAGGAAGAAAGAGCAUAGCGAUGGAGCGAUCAGACCUAUUAGUAAAACAGGUCCGUACAGCAACGAGGAGUCGAACCAGGGAAGUGGCGCGUGUACCCAUUGCCACGCUACCUUCACUCACACAGCGGACCUACACAAACAUAUCAAAGAAGUUCACGGUAAAGAAGGGGAAUCCAGUACUUCUUGUCCGACGGAGCCCUCAUCCUGCCCCCGGCGUCCCCACGCGUGCCCCGUCUGUGGACAUGGUUUCCGGACCUUGUCCAUGAGGAACGAACAUCUCAGGGUCCACACCGGGGAGAGACCCUUCCCUUGUGAUGUUUGUGGAGUCGCCUUCAGAAGGUCGACAGCGAUGCGCAACCACCGUCUGAUCCACAGCGGGGUCCGCGCCUGGGCGUGCGGCCGCUGCCCCAAGCGGUUCCGGAUCCGGUCCGACCUGCGCACGCAUCUCCGCCUCAAACAUCCCGCCACCAUCCUUGUUGUCGAGAUGGAAGGCCUGAACCCUACUUCCGAAGAGAUUAUGAAGACCCUUGCAUUGCAAAACGUACCUCAUGACAAGCUUAUUGAGAUUACUAAAAUGUCGUUCUCCAAGGGUACGUCGAGUGUGAUUCCGUCGACAGCCCGCGCUCUGUCAGCUCUGAGUACAGUCCCGCGGACGCACGUCGCCUGCAUCAAACCCACGCCCGCCAGGAUGCUGGAUGAAUUCCAACCAGCUCGCCGGGGCCGAGGUAUCGCUAAAAAUCCGCGGCGACCGAAAAUACUACAAAGAGGAGAAAAUGCGCAACACGACAGCUCUGCUUACCCCAUUGUUGGCGGAGAGGAACUUGGCGAUUUGAACGUUCAGUUAUUGUUACGGGACGGCGUUUUAGUUGAUGGUAACCAAAUGGUUCAACUUCAACUCGACGAUCCCAUGCUGAUGGAGUGA